UUUGGAGGGGGCAUUUUCAGUAGAUAUUGCGUUUGAAGAUAGAUGAGCGAUUGGCAAACGCCUGGACUACCAUGGUUUGAUCACACCCACGCAAUGAGUAAGCGAUUCACACUCUGCCUCUGCCUAUUGCUGGCGUACCAUGUUUUGCUUGCUUAUGCUGCUGGCCCAACCAUGGCACCCGCUGUGCCGGUGCUAUUCAACAACAGCACCACAACUGCCCCGUCGAAUGAAAAUGCAAAUCCAUCUCGAGGUACAACCACCGCUACAAAUGCCUCAACUCGUGGGCCUUCCAGCUCUCAACCUUCUACCGCGAAUCCAACCACCGUCGACUCUCCCUCGACUCAGCCCAGCACCACAAACUUAACAACUCUCGGGCCAGAGAAAAAUACAUUUCUUACUACUACUGGUCAACCCAAGCCAAGUACCACUGGCGCUGUUGCGAGCAGUAGUGUCACUACUGUGAACGGGAAACAAACAGUGACAGGCUCGCCACAAGAGGACACAGAGACACCAUAUUCGACCACGCCGUUCACUGACGCGCCAACCACAACACCGGAGCCAAAACCAGAUCCAUGUCUCGAGGACCCGUACCCAUGUGACAACGGAGGGUGGUGCAUGCCUCUUGCUCGCAAUGCUAGCUUUGGCUGCAUUUGUAAGGGCGAGUGGACAGGGAGGACAUGUGACAAGAAAAAAGUUUGCGACUGUAACAAUGGUGGUGCAUGCGUUUCCUUCCAAGGUCAAAGCAGUUGCAUGUGUCCUCAUCAGUGGAAGGGAGAGAUAUGUACUUUGAAAAGAAGUAUAUGUGAGAUGUAUGAGCCGUGUAACAACAGUGCUAUCUGCAGUGGUGACCAUCUCCUCUAUUCCUGUAGCUGUACUGAGCAGUGGACGGGGACAAACUGUUCCGAACCCAAGGUGUGCUACCCGAGUAGAUGCAGUGGCCAUGGUCUUUGUGAGGAGAUACUAAACGGGACUGAUUGGUUCUGUAACUGUUUCCGAGGGUGGAGGGGAGACACAUGCAACCAACAGUCAGAAUGCGACCUGAAGUGCAGGCAUGGUGAGUGCGUGAACGGUACAGAGACAUGUGUCUGCAAGACUGGAUUCAAGGGUAAAUUCUGUGAUUUAGGUAUUUCAGCGAACACCAGGCCCACGGCUAGAGCACCGAUGGGCCCCUGGUACAGCUACCCAGCUUACGUAGCCCUGGCAGGGGUUGGGGUGAUCAUAGUGAUCAUGCUCUUCACCAUCUGUGUGAUGGCCUGGUACCUCAGGAUCAGCACCAGCGACAAGCCAGACUUCCAUCGGACGGCAAAAAACGACCGGGAGAAGAUCAUCAACAACAGACACGACAAGCCGCGAAAACAAAUAGGAUUUGCCUUUGAUCAUGAGAACAAGAUGGAUGACGAAGCCAUCAUGUAUUGAUCAGGUUUAACAACAGCAACAACGAUGAUGACGGUGGCAGCGGCAGCAACAAUUGGGAUAGGUGUGACGUUUUUGGUUGAGCCGCAAUUCUCAGUGUCUCUAUUAUUAAAGAUUAGUGGAAUAAGCCGGAGUGCCAAAUAAGCCGCUGCGGACAUAAAGAAAGGUGUACUAGUAUCUGACAUUCACUAAGCAAUGAGCGUAAUGCGCGCUUAGAAAUGGGCAUUGCAACACCUUAUCGCAAAAGAACAUAGUCGUGACAAUGAUGGCAACGUGAAAGGCCUUCUCCGUUCGUUAAAAAGAUUUUAAAGUAUUGAAAUAGUUAGGCAUUAUUGCAUUAGAGCCUUUUUGCUCCCAUGUAUGGCAUAUGUUUGGCGGCGUUCUUGUCCUAUUUUUUGAAUGUUUUCAUUUGAUAUGAUAUAUAGCCUGCUUUCAUCAUCGCUUAAAAGUAUAGUAGUAAGACAAUAAUGUAAUGCGGUCGCUGUAUCGACUCCCGUCACGUUCCCGUCAUGUUGCCAUCAAGAAACUGUAAACUUCACAUCGAAGAGAAGUUCUUUUGCAACGCACUGCCACAGAACCUCUCUGUUGAUGAAAGGUGACGGAAGUCGUUGGAUCACCCGCAUUUUUAUCGAAUUUUGGUAUUCGUUGCAUAGUGACAGAAGUUGUAUUUUUCUGGUCAGAUUAGAUUAAAGCAUUCGGCAUUGUGACAA